AUGUUAGCACCACCCUGCAACAAUGCCCUGCCUGGGACACAGGCCCCCAGUGGCUUCCAGGCCCUGGCCCUCUGUGACUUCCCCUCCAGGGUGGAGGUGGCCACUGUCCUGAGGAUUGCUGUGACAAUCGGGGAGCAGCUGUGCAUCCUCUCUGAGGAUAGGGAGUGGUGGCUGGUGGCAUCCAAGGUUUUUGGCAAGAAGUGCCACAUCCCCAGCAGUUGUGUGGCUAAGAUCAGGCACAGGUGGUGGUACAAGGGCAUCAGCCAGCAGAAGGAGCUGCUGCUCCAUCCAGGCAACCACAGUAGAUCCUUCCUGAUACAGGAGAGCCAGACCAGGCCAGGCUGCUAUUUGGUGUGCCAUGGUGUUUGCACUGCCUGGGCCUCAGUGACUCAUUACUGCAUCCGUUGGCUGGACAAUUGAUGUCUUUACAUCUCACCCCAGCUCACCUUCCCCAGCCUGCACAACCUGGUGGACCACUACUGCUGGCAGGGCCUGUGGGCAGCCAUCAGCUCCUACCUGAUCAUCUCAGAGACUGACACCCCCGAGCUGGACCCCACAGGAAAGGUGGUGAAGAAGAGUGAGAACAGCUGA